AUGAACAACCUGCUCAAGGACCUGUUGGAUGUAUGUGUCAUCAUCUACCUUGAUGACAUCUUGAUCUACUCAAAAGAUGACGCAUCCCACACACAGCAUGUCCAUGAGGUUCUGCGGCGCUUACUGGAAAACCAACUGUUCUGCAAGGCCUCAAAAUGUACAUUCCACGUCUCCUCCGUAGAAUACUUGGGAAUCAUUGUAUUGGAUAAAGGGUUUAGUCUGGAUAAGCUCAAAAUCCAGGCAGUACAAGAGUGGCCAAACCCUACCAAGGUUAAAGAAGUCCAGUCAUUCCUUGGGUUUGCCAACUUCCUUUGCCAAUUUGUUGCCAACUUUAGUCACCUGGCCAGACCACUACAUGAUCUGGUCAAAAAGGAUACAGCAUGGAAUUGGGGUUCCAAGGAACAGGAGGCUUUCCAGAACCUGAAGAACGCAAUCACUAGCGCACCAGUACUCUGUCAUGUGGACCCUACCAAACCAUACUUCUUGGAAAUGGAUGCUUCUGGCGCAGCCCUAGGAUCUAUACUCAGUCAACGGCAGGAAGACGGACGCCUCCACCCUCUUGGCUUCCUAUCCAAGUCAUUCAAAGGGGCUGAGCAGAACUACAACACACAUGACAAGGAGCUCUUAGCAAUCAUCUGCUCCUUUGAGUAUUGGCGUAUCUUCCUGGAAGGGACCCCUCACCCAAUCACAGUCUUCACCAAUCACCAGAACCUGGAAUGGCACCUACUACUAGCUGGCUAUAACUUCCAGAUUGUGUACAGGCCUGGAAAACAAUCAGGAAAACCAGAUGCCUUGUCACAGCAAGCGGAUCAUGCAGAUAUUCCACCAGAACCCCAGUCUAUGUUACCAGACCCAGUGUUUGCCAAUAUUGCCCUAGUCACCCCAGAGAAGGAGCUGCAACAACAAAUUGAGUCAUCCCUAGAUCAAGACAAGUCCCUGGAGGAAAUCCUCCAAUUCCUGCAGAACAAGUCCAAAGCACCCCCCUCCAUCAAACGCGCGUUUAAGGACUAUGAAAUGGAGGCUGGACUGCUCUUCUAUCAAGGACAAAUUGUAGUCCCUGACGUUGGAACACUGAGAACAGACCUACUCCACAUCUUCCAUGAUAGCCCCUUGGCAGGACACCCAGGAAGACAGCAAACUCUAGAACUGAUCUCAAGGGAUUACUACUGGCCCGGGAUCCAUGCCAACACAUACUGGCACAUGGACUCCUGUGAAACAUGUCAACGGGUAAGGAAGCCCAGAUACGCAUCAAUACCGCCUCAACCCCUUGAGCUUCCUAGUAGACCAUGGCAACACGUAUCCUAUGAUAUGAUAGUGGACCUACCCAAGGACGGAAAUUUUGACUCAAUCCUGGUCAUUAUUGACAGCUUCACCAAGUACGGUAUCUUCAUCAAAUGCUCCAAAAAACUCAAAGCACCCAAACUAGCGGAGUUAUUCUUGGAACAUGUAUGGAAACAACAUGGAAUCCCAGAAAAGACGGUUUUGGAUAGGGGAAGGGUCUUCAAUAACAAAUUCCUGAGGGCAUUGUACAAACGCCUAGGAAUAGACCCCCACUUCUCUUCUGCGUAUCACCCUCAGAGCAAUGGCCAGACAGAACAAGUGAAUCCCUCAAUAGAACAUUUUCUUAGAGUGUACUCAGGGGUUAACCAAAGGGACUGGACCAGAUGGCUCCCCAUGGCAGAAUUUGCGUAUAACAAUGCAGUACAUAGCAGUACAGGGAAGACGCCAUUCAAAGCCCUAUAUGGUCAGGAACCCACCUUAACUCCGUCCAAUGUCCCCACGGACGUACCAGAGGCCAAUGAUCUUGCUGCAACCAUGGAGGAGCAGUGGAAGGAAGUUGAGGCCGCUCUCCAGCAAUCCAAACUACAGAUGGUUGUUGGAGAAUCAGGAAAUCCCUUGGAGUUUGAACUAGGAGAGGAAGCAUGGCUCAACGCCAAGAAUGUCAACCUCAAGACUCUAAGUCCUAAGCUAACGGAACAACACUUAGGACCAUUCAGGGUCAUCAAAAAAAUCUCCGACCGCGCUUACCGGCUUGAACUCCCGCCAACCAUGCGCAUCCACAAUGUGUUCUAUGUAGGACUACUAUCAAAGGUUAAACAGGACAAGAAACAUACCUUUGAAAAUUGCCCACCACCAGUCACCGUGGAUGGAGAAGAAGAAUACAAAGUUGAAGGAAUAACGGAUGCCAAGGAACGCAACGGAAAAUGGUUCUUCCAAGUCAAAUGGAAGGGGUACGGGUCCAAAGAAAACACAUGGGAACCUUGGGAAAACCUGAAAAAUGCGGAGAAAAUUCUGAGGAAGUACAAAGAAGAUAUGAAGAAGAAGGCCCUUGGCGCUGCCAAGGCCCUUAGAGGGGGGGCAGUGUUGUAG